UAAAGAGAAGGCUUCCAGUUCUCACGUGCUAGCCGGACUGGGAUUCGAGUACGGUCGUGCACGUGUCCAAACUUCUCCCAAUGCUCUAAUCCAGGUGUUCUCUCUAUCCCUCUUUCUCCCCUUACAAUAUUUUUACUUUUCUGUUCGAUCUCCAAUCGGUUUUCCACGGAGGCUUCUCCUUCCCCUAUUAGCUACUAGGCAGAGAUCGUUUUUCAGCUUUUACUUUCCGGGAGAUUUUAUUCGCCGGAAUCAAAAAACCACCGGUACCGUUGGUUGAUGAAGUUGAGCAACUUCCGCGGAAUGGAAACGGAGGUUCAAUCGAAUUACACUUACAUGGGACGAAGCUUCAGCGAUCUCAGCAUCAACGAUGAUUCUUCGGCUUUCAGCGACUGCAACAGUGAUAGAUCCGGCGAGUUCCCGACGGCUUCUUCGCAGAGUCGUCGGCUAUUGCUGGCUUGCGCCACCGAUAACUCCGACGAAUUGAUUCCUCAACUUGUCUCCGAUCUCGAUUCGAGCUCAAUCGAUGCGAUAAAGCAGGCAGCAAUGGAACUCCGGCUCCUUGCGAAGAACAAGCCGGAGAACAGAAUCAAAAUCGCCAGAGCCGGAGCAAUCAAACCGCUUAUUUCACUAAUUUCGUCCACCGAUCCUCAGCUUCUAGAAUAUGGCGUUACCGCAAUUCUCAACCUCUCGCUCUGCGACGAGAACAAGCAGCUCAUCGCGGCUUCUGGAGCAAUCAAGCCGCUCGUUCGGGCUCUUAAAGUAGGCACCUCCGUCGCCAAAGAGAACGCCGCUUGCGCUCUUCUCCGCCUCUCGCAAAUUGAAGAGAGCAAAGUAGCAAUUGGACGGUCCGGCGCGAUUCCGCCGCUAGUAAGCCUUCUAGAAAACGGAAAUUUACGCGGCAAAAAGGACGCAUCAACGGCUCUAUACUCGAUUUGUUCAGUCAAAGAAAACAAAGUCAGGGCUGUGCAAGCCGGAAUAAUGAAGCCUCUAGUGGAAUUAAUGGCUGAUUUUAGUUCAAACAUGGUGGAUAAGUCAGCGUUCGUUGUGAGCGUCCUGGUGUCGGCGGCGGAGGCGAGGGCGGCGCUGGUUGAGGAAGGCGGAAUUCCGGUUCUGGUGGAGAUCGUGGAGGUGGGGUCGCAGCGACAGAAGGAGAUUGCGGUGGCGAUACUGUUGCAACUAUGUGAGGACAGCGUGCCAUAUCGUACCUUGGUGGCCCGCGAAGGUGCGAUUCCUCCUUUGGUCGCUUUGUCGCAAUCCGGCACAAGUCGCGCCAAACAAAAGGCGGAAGCACUGAUUCAACUUCUACGGCAGCCGAGAACAGCCAGCGCCGUUGCUCGCGGAACCUCUGAUCAUUCAGUCUGAGACGGCGGCGCCCCCACACGCCGCCAUUGCAAUCAAACAGUUGAAGAAAGCAGUAGAAAAGAAAGAGAGAGAACAUCAAGAUAGAGAAAAAAAACAAAAACUAAACUGUAAAUACUUCCCAUGCCUGUAACUUGUAACUCAUCUUUUGCUUGUAAAUUUUCGCUUUGCCUUCAAAUUUGGUUUUCUUGCGAUUUUGGGUUUGUUAUUCGGUGCGUGUCAAUGUGUGGAUACAUUUUUUUUCCUUUUUAACGUAAUUAUGAUUCCGUUU